CUCACAGGGGCUGUCUGCCAACUAAUUGCUCAGGAAGUAAGCUGUAUCCAUUGUCAAGCUGUACUUAAAGCUGCCAGUUCUUAACUGUGAAAGCUGCUUUUCCUGGGCUGUUAAAGGAAAAGUAUAACCAGCCUAAGGAUUGGUGACUAAGGGGGCGAUGAAGAGAGGGACUGGGCGGGAUCACAGCUACUAAUAAUACCUCCUUACCCAAUGAAAAGCAUUUCCUAUUGAGACCCCCAACUAUUCCCCCUGCCCACAGAUCCUGCACAGACAUUGGGCCCAUUCUUGUGUCCUGUUUCCUUAAGACAUGAUGGCUGCAACAUUCAGCAGUUUUUUCUCUCUCCUAACAAAGGAAGAGAGAUAAGUGCUGGCAGCCUUGCAUGCUGAGGAUGACCGACAAUCGGUAAAAGGCUAGAGCAGGCAGGUUUUUCCAGAUGGGAAUAAACACAGCUUCAGCAGAGAAAAACUGGAGAAGUAUGUGGACUGUCACAGAGAAGAAAUCUAUGUGAAAUCUGCUACUUACCUAGCUGCUUGCAGGCAUGAUCUCUCAGCUAAAACUGAAGCUGGUGGGAUGGAAGGGACAAACGACAAAUACUUGCCAUUGGUUUCAAGCGACAUCAUUGGAAUGUGUUUCCUAAGGAGGAAAGAGCUUACUAACUUAUUUUAUGGAUGUCACUAAAUUCAGCUUUGAAGGGCUCCAAAAGCACAUCACAAACUUGGAAUGGGAAACCACAGCAAUAAUCAUACCUGCUUGAUAGAUGAUUCCUUUAAAUACAAUCUGUAUGGAGCAGUCUACAGUGUGGUGUUCAUCCUUGGCUUAAUCACAAACUGUGCCUCCCUACUUGUUUUCUGCUGUAGAAUGAAGAUGAGAAGUGAGACCGUUAUCAUUAUGACAAACCUAGCCGUUUCAGACUUGCUUUUCGUAUUCACUUUGCCUUUUAAAAUUUUUUACAAUUUUAACAGGCAUUGGCCUUUUGGAGACAGUUUGUGCAAGAUUUCAGGGACGGCAUUUCUCACCAACAUCUAUGGAAGCAUGCUGUUUCUCACUUGCAUCAGUGUUGAUCGGUUCCUAGCUAUCGUUUACCCAUUCAGAUCUCGUACCAUUAGGACAAGAAGAAAUUCAGCCAUAGUGUGUGCUGGUGUUUGGAUACUGGUUCUCAGUGGUGGGAUUUCAGCUUCGUUGUUCUCUACAACCAACAUCUCCAACACUAGCACAACCUGCUUUGAGGGGUUUUCCAAACGUAUCUGGAAGACCUAUUUGUCUAAGAUCACUAUAUUUAUUGAAGUGGUAGGUUUCAUCAUUCCUUUACUACUCAACCUUACGUGCUCUUCAUUGGUUCUGAGGACUCUUCGGAAACCAGCUACAUUAUCUCAGAUUGGGACAAACAAAGAGAAAGUACUGAAGAUGAUCAUCGUGCAUGUGGCUAUUUUUGUAGUAUGCUUUGUGCCUUACAAUUCCAUACUCUUCUUGUAUGCUCUGGUGAGAUCGCAAGCCAUAGCAAACUGUUCCCUGGAGAGAUUUGCUAAGACAAUGUACCCAAUCACAUUGUGCAUUGCAACACUGAACUGCUGCUUUGACCCAUUUAUCUAUUACUUCACAUCAGAAUCUUUCCAAAAGUCUUUCAACAUAAAACCCCAAAUAAAGAUGGAUUCCCUUUUCAAGACUGACACCCCUCUCACGAAGGCUACUGCACUGCCAGCAAUACAGGAGGAAAUGGGUGACCAGGCAAUUACGAAUGGGGGAGAUCCAACAUCUGAAUCUCAUUUCUAAGGGGUUGUCUACCCAUGGAGUUAUCCAUGGAUUAACUCUGUGUGUAGUCCAUUUUAUUCCACAAGAAACCGGCUCAUAUAGAGUUAGGAUAUGAAGAGACGUCACAUUUGUCCUGGGAGAAACCAUAUUCUUCUGGGACAAAAAGCAGUUGUUCAUACAUCCUUGUUCGUUGUCUUGGGACAAACUCUAAAAAGGUUCACAGAAUAACUCUUAGGGCAUCACACAGUGCAUUUGAAUGGUUGUUUUAGGAUUGCAUCAUUGGAUCAGUGACAGAAAAGAAGCAGUGCAUUCAGCUGCUCAGCCUUGAUUGUAAGGGCUGUUUGCAUACAUACCAAUCCCACAACUUUUCUGUUCUGGGACAGAAACUGGCACUGCUGAUCCCAGGACAAAUGCAACAUCUAGCCUUAAACAAAAACAGUUAUCCUAGCCUUCCUAGCCUUAAACAUUCCUAGCCUUAAACAAAAACAGUUAUCCAGGAACAGAUAAGCAAAGAUAACUACAUGGGUAGAUAAGACCUAACACUGGGAUUUCCCUACUAGACGCAACAGACUCUUCAGUGUAUCUAAAUCUAGCUAGAUCUCUCUUCGGAGACUAUGCCUUGUUGAGAAUUCAUGUACCAGCCAAGGAGGUAUUGAGUUGAUUCUUGUAUUGGAAGAUACCAGCAUUUGGCAUUUCCCCACUCUAGCACUAGACAUGCAGCAGUCAGGAAAUAUAAAUCUUUAUCUUUUUACUUUAGAGAUCUCCAUCAAUUUCCCCUGUCUUCUGAAAAAUACAUCACCCCAUAUUAGCUCAAUAAUUUCACACAUAUAUGUACGUUUGCUUAAAGAGGUAUAAUAAAAGCUUUCAGCUUUUUCUUAUUUUACUACAAGCGUAUAUUCUGGAUAUACUAAAUGCAGGAGUUUUUAAGCAUACUAUUAUCUAAAGUUGAAAAAGUAGAUACAGAUUGGGUUGGAGCUUAAUUAGUUCUUCUAUGAAUUACAAGUAAUGGUUAUUUGUUACUACUAAUAAUGGGGAAGAGCAAAAAAUGAAGCAACUUGCACAGUCCCCUAAAAGAUGCUGUAUUCUUUUGAGCUGCAUGAUUAAGCUACCUUGUAAUUUAUUUUAACACUGCAUUAAAUGCCAACUGUAGACAGAAAAGAGCACAUUACAAAUUUGUUAAGGCUGGCGUUUUUGUACCCCAAGAAAUUACAAGUGAAAAUAGUUUAGUCCUUAUUUGCACAAAAUCAGGUCAAAUAAAAGGCCUGUCAGACAAUAUCUCUGGCAGGCAGUUUGGUCUAAGAAAAGACUGAAGAGCCAUAAUAUUUUCAUACCUACUUAAGAAUUUGCAUGCGUAUCGGCAAGAGGCAUAAAUAGAUCCUGAUGUAGCAGAGGAACUUAUGAGCAAUUUCUUUUCUGUAGGUUACAAGGCAGGGUCUUUUGCUAAGUGAGAGCAUCCUGGCUACUUCUUAAACAAGCAGAAGCUUCUACAUCAGCAGCAUUAAUUUCCCUGUCAGGUAAAGCAAUGUGUUUUCUUGUUUUGUAGUUAAUUUAUUACACAUGUUGCAGUUCUUCGUGGAAAGGGAGAAAUCCCUUGUAAAGUGAGGUCUGUUAACUAGCUGGAAACUAAUGCAUGCUACUGAGGAGUUCACCCCUGCAGCUCCUAUGCAGACAGAGGCCUAUUAACUUCAGUGGGAGUUGAAUAGCAGUGGGAUCAGACUCUGAGGCAUUCCUUCCUAGGUGGAAGAUGCACAGGCAAUAGAGGCUGGGUGUAACCAAAUUAACAUUCAGAAGCAUUUUGAAAUUACUGAUUACCUCAAUGUUAAAUUAAGCCCCCACACUUUUAGGUAAUGUUUUAAAUCUGCUUCUAACUGAGAGCUAUUAGGCUAGGGAUAGACAUUACACAUAUACCGGUUUAAGUAAUCAGAAACUGGUUUAAACCUGUAACAGAACAGAUGUUCAGUGUACAUAAACCAGUUUGAAAAUGGCUGAAAUGGGUUUGAGAUAAACAUGGUUGAAUGUAGUAUCAGACUUAACUGAUUUGGGUCAAACUGGUUUAUGCAAUAUCUGUCUCAGACCCCUUGCUGGUUUAAGACAAACCAAACUCCCCCCGCAUCCGAGCAUGCUCUCUGGGCUGAGUGGGACACUGCUCCACAGCAGGGCUGGCCCCUCCCCUCUGCUCCCUGGCUAGAGCUCCAGCAGAGACUGCAGGCUGCUCCCCCACCUCUCCCUCACCACUCCCUGCUAAGCAGGAAUUCCCCCCAACUCCUCUGCCUUCCUGAGAGGUGUCUGUGUAUUAGCUAGCAGACCAUAUGCUGGCUACUGUCCAUGCUGAGUCAACAGGUAGAACUGACAGGUAGCUCAUAAUGUCCCUCUGUUUUCUUAAUGGGGCAACAAACACUGAGUUGGGGGUGAUAAACACUGUUAUCAAUUCCCUGCUGGGCUAAUCGGAGCAUCCUGCCAGGGCCUGGCCAUGUCCUCCCCUCAGUGCAGUGUGUGGAAGGGAAGGAAGAGCUGCUUUAGCACCCCCCGCCCCCUAUCUUCUUGCCUGAGUCACUGCAGGCAUGUGCCUGCAUGUCUGGGAUGUUUGUGCAGUUACAAAGUGAUUUAGCCAAGCUAGGCUAGACUAACCUGCAAAAAUGGAAUCAAUUCAGGCUUAGGUGUUUUGAAUGUCUGUCCCUAGCCUUAGAGAUAAGCAGUAUUUAUCAGCGUACAGUGAACUGAAUUGAACAAUAUAAUUUCUAUUGCUCUCAUGAUGAGCCUUCUAAGACAGGCAGUCCAGUCUUAAAAUGACACGAGUUGUUUUGUGUUUACUAAGUGCAAACAAAGAGACACACUUUGAAAAUAGCAUUUAUUUAGCACUGCUCUUUAUUAAUAAGAAACAGACACAUGCCUAUCAAGGCUAUAAAAACAAUUACAUUUUAAGAGCGUGUACAGAAGUGCUCCACACAGGUUUUACAGUGCUGUAAUUUAGAACACUUCUUAUAGCACUAUAAAAUUACAAUGCUCUUAAUCAUGACAGAAGGGCAGUUUUUGGUGGUGGGGAGGGUGGAGAAUAGUCCCUGAGCCUCCCUGAACUUCCCAGGCUAGGAAGCAGGGGAUGCUCCAUAGUCUCCUGGGGCUUCUCUGCUGGUCAGGAAUUUGACCAGCAUACAGAAGUUAUUUAAAGUACUGUAGGUUGCUAAAGUGCUGUAAAAUACAGCACUUUAAAUUGAAUACCUCAUUUAACAAGGGUUAAUUUAAAGCACUGUACCCAUUUAAAAAGUUCUGUGAAGCCAUGUGCUUCUGUUAAGUCACAGCAAUAAAGAGCUUUAAAUGGCAAAAAAGCAGUUUCUGUACACACCCUGAUUACAGCAUCUGUCACCCCUUGAUGCAGAACAGGUAUGAUAAAAUUUGUAUGAUUACCUCUUGUAGACCAAAUGACAGAAUAGCCCAGUCUUUGGUGCUUAGCUCCAAGGUAUAGUCAUCUUAACUAGAACCCCAUGUCUCAUAUUAGUUUUAGAGAUUUACUGCUGCAUAUUAAGUGUCAGGCCACAAAGCCACCAGCAUUUCUGUACAAAAGAGAAAUGUAGCAAUAAUGAGAGAUGAGGUAAACCAUUUAUCAGAAUAAAGUAUGGAAAAAUGUACCUUUUAACCACUUUAAUAGGGGAGGGGGAGCUGCUGCUUGGAAGUUUGUAUAAACUUAUAAUCCAACCACUGUCUACAUGAACCUAUACCAAUACAGGCUAGCUGAACUACCCUAAUUUUGAACCUGGAUGAAAAACGGUUAAAGCUGCCUUAGAGUUACCAUGCUUGUAUUUCUCCCGAAUCAUACAGACAUAAAAGUUGGAUCAUAAUAGCUUAUAUUGGUUUCCUUUGAUAGCAGUACAGUUGUUGCAUCUGUCUGUACCCCAGAGAUGUAACUACCAGGGUCUGUGUUCUGGGCAUCAGGAGCAGUGCUAGGGUCUGGGCAGCUGCAGCUGUGGUAGUAGCCGAUUUGGCAGCAGCAGCUGCUGCUUUUCAUACACCACCUCCCAGUGGGCACCCAGGGCUAGUGCCCUUCUCAUCCACCCCUUGUUACCCUAUUUUCUGUACCCAUAAAUAUCAUCUAAUGCAGGUGGCAGAACAUGGCUGGGCAGCAUGUUCCUAGGGAACUCGUUGGUACUUAGAAAAAUACAUUGAAAACUGUCCAAUGACAUAAGUGGAUUAACUGGUAUUUUAAAAAACUGCGACAUUUGCUCAACCACUUUCCCCCCGGGUCUGCACAAGACAUGAAUCCAAUUUUAACCAGACUGUUUCUUUCCCCCUAGAACAAGAUACUUGGGAUAUUUGUGUUCAGGGAUGAUUUUGGUACUGGUAACUCAAUACAGCUAUUUAGGCUGGUGCCAAGUUGAGAUUUUUUUUCUCCCCUUCAAUCUACGCCUGCACUGAAUCAUUUAGAAGGAUUUCUGAAAUCCCUGCUUCCUUCAGGCAAUCAACCUGUUUCAACACUUGCCAUAAAAUGUAUACAUUUCAAAGAAGCUGUUUCCAUCACUUCAGAUCAAAAUCCAGAAUGUGGUGGUGUGGAGGGAGAAAAGUUUGCAGCCUUUGAUGCAAGUAGGAGCUUGUUGCCUAUUUUCACAGCCAAGCUCUGUCAAGCAGGGAGUGGAGUCUGUCGAAUCAUUAACAAGUCCAAUGCAUUCUUGUAAUGGGGAUCUCAGCUCCACCCAUUAACUUGAUGUUGUACACCUGAAAUGUUACAAUUUCUUUAACUGAGGAAGAUGAUGGUGCUAGGGACGGAGCAUGUAGGGCAAAGGUUGCAGCAGAAAGCUUAGGUAACCACAGGAAAGACAUUUCUAAACUUCUAAUCCAGCUUCUUCCCUCUGGGUAAGGCAAAAUAUCCUGGUACGUGAUUACACUCAGAGGCAAGGGCCAUUUGGAUCAUUAUUUCAAUUUUUCAAAAGAAAAAAUAGAAACUUCUGUUUAGUUGCCAGCUCAUUCUUAAUGGGAAGCUUUGAUUUCCAGCUUGUGAAUCUCUCUGCUUGAAAGCUUCUCCUUUCUGCUUUCAUGCCAUCAGCAUAAAGAUGAGAUUCUUCUGUUACACAUGGGGGAUGGGAUUUUCUUGGUACAAAAUCUGUUCCCAUUAAUGAAAGCAAUAGAGUUGCUUCAGAAUUUGAGAGAAGAAUUUGGCCCAGAGUACCAAAGCCAGCAACAAAGGAGUAUCUUGUUACCAGCGAUCUUGGAAGACCUUGCACUAACUCAACUGACCUUCUACUAGUUAAAUUUGCAAGAUUUUUUUUAACCUAGAAACCACUGUCUAGCCUUCUUAAGGAAAUGUUAAAAGAGAGGGGGAAAAGAACUGUAUGUGACUGGAUAACAUCCAGGCUGUACAUACAUAGCUUAACUGUAAUGUGAGCAUAAUGGUUGUCUUUUUCUAAGUGAAACGAGUGCCAAUGCUUACAAAUUUCUGUUUGCAGUUUUAUGGGGCGAGAGCUGUGGUUGAUAGUCUCACAUAAAAUGAAAUACUAUCAUCAUGUGCCAAAAUGCUAACUGAAAAGAUUCAUUAUUUUGUAAUUUAAUACCUUAUAAAUUAUAUGGAGAUCAUAUGUUGACUGACACUCACAUCUGUUAGGACAGUUUUUGAGUAAUCUUUUUAGUUGAAGGUAUACUGAGUAAAUGCUUGUAUGGUUUGUAUAUAAAUAACCAAUUAUGCAUUCAGAGAGAGGAAAAGUAAUUUUUCAGAUGCUGGUAAGCCAAGCUGGAAGGAACUCUGGUGGUAAAUGAAAAGUGGAUUCACAGUUUUUCUGGCUAACAUGCAGCUGGGUGUUUUUUCCCCCUUUGUUAACAAAGGGCUAUUGUUAGAAACAGAAACAUUAGUUUAGAUGCAAGAAGCAAAUGAAGAGGGAAUGCUUUUAUGUAGCUGAUCCUGAUUGAUUCAACUAUGCCCUGUUUCUGUCUCAAUCUACAAGGUUGAGGAUUCCACCUAUGCGCACACAAGCUUGCUUUUCUUUUUACCUUUUUCAUGUCUGUGAAUCAUCAUACUAAAUCUUACCAUGUAAUUCGGUGCCACCAAUCUUAUCUUAAAUACCCUUCAUGUUAAAGGAGCAGCCUUCAGAACAGCAUUGAUGUACAAAGAAAAUCUUCCAGUUGUGUGCAUAUAAAUGUGUCUGCAAAAUGAUAUUCUGCUCUGAGGGAUUUUGGAGCGCGUGUCAUGAAAUGUCAGGGAUGGUGGUUAUAUGAAGGCUAUUAAGUGGAGCUGCAGGACCAGAGUUUACAACAUAGUAGGUUUUUGUAAGCAAGACAGAGGUACUUUUCUAUCAGGAGAUCUCAUAAGGUAAGUUUUCAGUGGCUUCACAGAAUUAAGGGAAACCAGACAAGUUGUUCCACAAAAGCAGGCAGGAACCAGAAAGUCCCAUAUACAAGCUGUUUGCUUGUGUACUGAGAAUUUAUGGUCUAUGCUGGCUUGGUGCAUUAAAAAAAACCUGUGAUAUGGACACUUUACGUUCUCACUGAGUUUCACAGGUACUCUGAAAAGGAAUCACCGUAACACAAGAAUGCUGUGCUGUAUUUAGCAUUAUUCCUUACAGACAUUCCUUACUGCAUACAGACAUUACAGCCAGAAAUUCAGGGGGGUUAGAUUGGGUUAAAAAUAGUCCACUGAUAGAUGCUGGGAGCCCAGGAGCCUGAGCUAAGGUAAGUAGGGAUAGGAGGAGGGGCAGGUGAGAUGGAGGAUUAGGAGAGCAGCAGGGUCUGGAGGGGCUCUGCAAUUCUGCCAAAGCCCAUAGACCCCUUCCAGGACCACCCCCCACAAUGCCACUGAACCACUCCUGAUCCCACAAACCACUCCCUGAGCCAAUUUUACCAGUAUGCACAGGUCCCAGGAGCCUGACUGAAGUAAGUUGGGGUGGUGGGAUGGGUGGAUGGAUCAUGGUGGGGUUGGUGGCUCUGCCAGGGGGCUUUGGGAGAUUGGGGAGAGGGAGGAGAGCUCCUCCAACCAGGGGCUUUUAACCCCCUGAUCUCUUCCCUACCCCCACCCCAAUCCUGCAACCCCUCCCCCCCACCAUGACUUACUUUAGUUGGCUCCCAGCACCAACAAACACCUGUAAAACUAGCACCAGGAGUAGCUUAUGGGACCGGGGUGGGGGUGGCUUGGGAGGGGUUGUCUGUCUGCAGGUGGCAGGAUGAGUUGGGAGGCUAAAAAUAGCCAGGGGGGUGGCGGGGGAAGGAGGUGUAGGAAAAGUACAGCUCCAGGGCUGGGCCCAGCAGUUGGGCCUUCCCAGCCCCAGGGCUGUGCUCGGAAAAUGUACAGAAGUUCAGUUAGAUUGGUGUUUGCUGUACCCAAUCUAACUUUGUGCAUAUCCAAGGUAUAGUUAACUUAGAUCAGGUUAGCCAUUUUAGACUGAUCUAACAUUCUUGGCACUUCUGUACAGUUUGUACUUAAAUCAAUAUAACUAGGGAACCAAGUGUAAAGUCCGCAUUUGGAUGAGCUAAGUUAGAUUGGAUGGUCAUUCUUCACUUGAUCUAACCUCCCCGAAUGUCAGUAAUACCCUUAGUGACCUUGCUCCUCUCAGAUUCAGUGAGGGAAGUUAGUCCUUAGCCUCUGACAAAUGCUCUAAUAACAUCCUUUGGGAGCCUCUCGUGCUGUAGAACUGCAGCAGCAACUCAAGGGGGAGUGCUCACUCUGACCAGGUGAUAGUCAUUGGAGGGCUUUUCCAACAAGGGAGGAUCUUUUCAUCCCCUCAAUAACCAUUGAAGUGGGGUGUAUUUUCAACCUGAUGGAACCUUGUCUCCUUUGGAAGCUUUUUCUGUGAGGCAGCUUCUCUAGAUGGUUCACAACACCUCUUCCUUGAUUGAACCUAUUCUCAGUAAACACCCUUAGGAGGACCCCAGCUAGCUUUCUUAAGGAGCUUCUCAGUAAUUCUUCCAUCAACCCCGCAUGGCUUCAAUUGCCACAAACUUGUGAAGGGAUCGGGUAUGCAGAAGGGGCAGCUGGGAACAUAGAAGAGCCACAAGUUCAGUGACUCCUCUCAAAGCCUUAAAUGUUCAGAGCAUAAAGAAAGAUUAGUGAGCAAAUAGGAUCCAGCUGUAUGUUAAAUGUCUUAGAAAGAGGCUGAUGCAAGGCCCUUGGUGCAUUCAAAGUGAUCUGUGCUACAUGGUUUGCUUCAAGAGUACCAUAACCCUUUUGUGGGGCAUAAGAUGUUAGUUUGCAUUAAGUUAAUAAAAGAGGAAUAGAGAGGCAGCUAGCUGUGUUGGUCUGAAGCUUGGCAGAAGGCAGGGCAGGGUGAUACCUUACAGAUGAACUCAUGUGUCAGCAGCAUAUGGCCUGUAGGACCAUUGGAUCCAGCACACAUAGUCCAAGGGUUUUGCCUGUGCCCGUACCAGACUAAGAAGCAAUGAUUUGCAAUAGCUGGGCAACUUCCAUUUGCACCCUUUUCACUGCUGCUUUUUUCCCCUGCUCUCUAGCCAUUCCCUGGCUGUGAUGGGGUAUCUUUCUGCGAGUGGGGAGCUGCACCAGGGCUUGGCGGCUGGAAGCUGGGUCCAUGCCACUGCCACUUUUCCCUCCCUUUCUCCCUACAUCUCGCAGCUGCAGUGCAGAAGCUGGCUGUCCCACCCUGCCACUGUCCCCCACCAACUGGAAGUUGCACCCCUUUUUAAAUACAUCCUGAAGCUGAGGAGCAGGGCACUGGGAGAAGCAACAGUGGUGUGGGUGCAGCUCUCAGCUGACUGUCUCUAGUGUGGGCCACUGAAACACCAUGGAAGCCACCCAACCUGUGUCAGGCUGGAGUCACAUUUUUCUUGCUCAAAGCAUGAAAAGGUUGCUAGAUGCUGGGCUAACUCAUUCAGAGAGGCAUUAGCUUUCAUAGGCCAGAGUCUACUUCAUCAGAUGCUAAAAGCAGAAUAGUUAACAGAAUUAUCCCUUUGGAAAGGGCAGCUGCACUUUUACCUGUAAGGCAAGCAACUGUAAUUUGACUUCCCUUUCCUGACCCAGAUAGUCCUCUCUAGGGAUAAGCUGUGCAAACUUGGGGUUUUGAGGUACUUAGAAGCAAGGCGCUAAUUGCUCCUGGUGCCAGCAUGCUGAAUGAGGGGAUGGGUACAGUAAGGGGUUUGUUUUCAUGAGUUCAAUGCACUAAGGAUUUACAAGAUCACAAUAUUUAAAGCAACACAUUCAGGCAAAACCUAAAAAGUGAUAGAAAACUGCUCCUGAACAUGUUCUUCAGUUUAUGAGCAUGUGCAGUGUGCGACCUUUAGAGAUGUGCAGCUGGACCAAGAAACUGAGAAUCCCACAGUUCAUAUCCAACACAGCCUUUUAUCUAGAUGGUGAAUCCAAAUACAAUUUUUUUUUACUUUUGAAUUUGUUAAAUUAAUAUAAAAACUACUUUACAGCAUGUAAACUUAGGUUGACUUUCAAACUCCAGAGGGAACUUGCAGGACUGGCAUUUGAUGAAGUGAUCUUUACCCUUGUAAAAACAACAAAUUUGAUGCAGCAAUCAUUAGGAGCAGCAUAAUACCAUUUUAGAAGUGGCCAUUUUCAGAGUAGGCCGCCUCUUUGUAAUAUUUAUACUUAACACAGCUUGGAGCUCUUUCCAAAACCUCAGUUUUCAACCUUUUUCACUAACAGGACUAACUUACAUACCUAAAAUAUAGAAGCAAGGAUGGAAAACAGGUGGUUUCCCCUUCAAGAUUAGCUGGUUUGCGCGCGUGUGUGUGUAUGUUUUCUCAAAGUAAUUAACUGUCGAGUACUGGAGAAAACCUUGUGCUAGCUUUUUUUCUCUGCCUGUGGAAUUUUGACUAAUGUAAAUACUGUAUAUAAUUAAACAAACUGAGAUUUUUUGCACUGUAUGCUCUUACAUAUGUAUAAUGAAAAUGGAACAAAGUUCCAGAAAAA